GAUUUUAUUUGCGGAGAUACUUCUACGUCUAUAUUAGAGACUUGGACAGGAUGCAGCUAUUUAUAAGCAUUUUAGGCCUAUUGUUAUUGGGCAUUCCGUCGCUGGUUUUGACUCAGACAGAUAACAGUUGUUAUACUCCCACUGGAGGGAACGGAUUUUGUGUGCCGUCACAGCAAUGCAAAUUUGUGAAAGAUCUGCAGUCCACAUAUGGACGCAAUGUGCCUCGUACUAUAGUGAAUCAGUUAAGACAGAUGGCCUGCAUUGGUUCACAGCGAUCGAUAUUCUAUUUGUGCUGUCCAAGCAAUGCAGUGAUCAAGGCCCAGAGCGAUGGCAAUGCCAAAAGGGAAACACAAAACAAAUCCACGGUGGACACACGUCAAUCAUCUGCAGAUCUUAAGCGCAUCGAUCCAAGUGGCAUGAAGCUACUCAACUCGGUCACCGAAUGCGGCAAGAAAACAAAUACCAAAUUAUCCGGUGGAGAUGAAACAAGAAUUGGCGAAUUCCCUUGGCUGGUGCUGCUGAAGUAUGAGACAUCCGGAAGACCUUUCCUGUGUGGGGGUAGCUUGAUUACCGAUCGAUUCGUCUUGACUGCCGCUCACUGUGUGAACCAAGCUCGUAAGCUAAUUGGCGUGCGCAUGGGAGAUCACGACCUGAACAAAGAAGAAGAUUGUCAAGUUUUAGGCGGACGUCGAAGAGUGUGCCUGCCACCGUACGAGGAGUACGGCAUUGAGUCAAUACGAUCGCAUCCAAACUACGAGUCCAAUAACAAUGACAUUGCACUCAUCAAAGUAGACCGCCCCGUUAACUUCAAAUGGCACAUCAAGCCCAUUUGCCUGCCCAUCGAUAAGAACUCUCAGGAUAUAACCUACGAUCAGAGUUUUUACAUUUCGGGCUGGGGUCGCACAGAACAAAUAACAGCAUCUUCUGUGCUAUUGAAGGCACUCGUCACGCGAGCGGAUCUGGAUGUUUGCCGCAACUUCUACGUUAAUGGGACAGUUAGCGAGAAUCAUAUCUGCGCUGUAGGAGAAAGCGAUAAGCAGACCUGCGCCGGCGACUCUGGUGGACCACUUUUCUUUCGCAAUCCCUUCAAGGAAACCGUUCGCUAUGUGCAGUACGGAAUAGUGUCACAUGGAGGAUCGCUUUGCGGCGCACGAGAAAAUCAGCCCGGUGUAUUUGCCUCUGUACUGGAACAGUUGCCAUGGAUUACGCAAUACGAAAUUAACUAUUCAACAUCAACAACCGAUCAGUAUAUCAAAGACCUGUUUUAUUUGCGGAGAUACUUCUACGUCUAUAUUAGAGACUUGGACAGGAUGCAGCUAUUUAUAAGCAUUUUAGGCCUAUUGUUAUUGGGCAUUCCGUCGCUGGUUUUGACUCAGACAGAUAACAGUUGUUAUACUCCCACUGGAGGGAACGGAUUUUGUGUGCCGUCACAGCAAUGCAAAUUUGUGAAAGAUCUGCAAUCCACAUAUGGACGCAAUGUGCCUCGUAUUAUAGUGAAUCAGUUAAGACAGAUGGCCUGCAUUGGUUCACAGCAAUCGAUAUUCUAUUUGUGCUGUCCAAGCAAUGCAGUGAUCAAGGCCCAUAGUGAUGGCAAUGCCAAAAGUGAAACACAAAACAAAUCCACGGUGGACACACGUCAAUCGUCUGCAGAUCUUAAGCGCAUCGAUCCAAGUGGCAUGAAGCUACUCAACUCGGUCACCGAAUGCGGCAAGAAAACAAAUACCAAAUUAUCCGGUGGAGAUGAAACAAGAAUUGGCGAAUUCCCUUGGCUGGUGCUGCUGAAGUAUGAGACAUCCGGAAGACCUUUCCUGUGUGGGGGUAGCUUGAUUACCGAUCGAUUCGUCUUGACUGCCGCUCACUGUGUGAACCAAGCUCGUAAGCUAAUUGGCGUGCGCAUGGGAGAUCACGACCUGAACAAAGAAGAGGAUUGUCAAGUUUUAGGCGGACGUCGCAGAGUGUGCCUGCCACCGUACGAGGAGUACGGCAUUGAGUCAAUACGAUCGCAUCCAAACUACCAGUCCAUUAACAAUGACAUUGCACUCAUCAAACUUGACCGCCCCGUUAACUUCAAAUGGCACAUCAAGCCCAUUUGCCUGCCCAUCGAUAAGAACUCUCAGCAUAUAACCUACGAUCAGAGUUUUUACAUUUCGGGCUGGGGUCGCACAGAAGAAAAAAUAGAAUCUUCUGUGCUAUUGAAGGCACUCGUCACGCGAGCGGAUCUGGAUGUUUGCCGCACCUUCUACCGUAAUGCGCCAGUUAGCGAGAAUCAUAUCUGCGCUGUAGGAGAAAGCGAUAAGCAGACCUGCGCCGGCGACUCUGGUGGACCACUUUUCUUUCGCAAUCCCUUCAAGGAAACCGUUCGCUAUGUGCAGUACGGAAUAGUGUCACAUGGAGGAUCGCUUUGCGGCGCACGAGAAAAUCAGCCCGGUGUAUUUGCCUCUGUACUGGAACAGUUGCCAUGGAUUACGCAAAAUCUUUAUUAAUGUCCCCCGAAACUGACUUUUGUACUUAUAUAUUAUACUCUAUAAUAUUUAUUCUUUAGUUUAGCUCCCAAUGCCAUUGUAAUAAUCAUAUUUUUGGUUUUAGUUCGUAGUCUUUAUAAAAAUAUAUUUUAU